AAAAAAUGGACGGACAAGCUGAUGGAAUGUUCAUUGAUCGUGCCGAGGAUGCUCGAAAACAAGAAAUCACGGAGCAGUAUCUCAACUUUUUGGACAAUCAAGCCGACACUUUUCACUAUCGUCAGAAAAUUGUGAAAAUGAUGAAUGAUGGAGAAAGUCGUUUGGUGAUGAAUCUCGAUGAAAUCAGGGAAAUUCUACCAGAAAGAGCUGAAGGGCUAUUGACCCAAAGCGUUCUUGAGAUGAAUUGCUUACAAUCUGCACUUCAAAUGGCUAUUAAUCGUAGUGAUGUUCAAGCUGUUGUCAAAACUGGAUUCCACGUCGGCUUUGAAGGAACUUUCGGAGAGCGCCACGUCAAUCCACGUACUCUCAAAUCAUCAUAUCUUGGAAACCUUGUCUGCUGUGAGGGAAUCGUCACAAAGUGUUCAACUGUUCGUCAAAAACUUCUCACUUCUGUCCACUAUUGUCCAGCAACAAAUAAAGUGCUCGAGAAGAAAUUUGCCGAUUUCACUAUGCUCGACACUGCAGUCACCAAUAACAACUAUCCAACAGAAGAUGAAAAUAAGAAUCCUCUUGAAACAGAAUUCGGACAUUCAGUUUACAAGGAUCAUCAAACGUUCACAAUUCAAGAGCUUCCAGAAUCCGCACCAGCCGGUCAACUUCCUCGGGCCGUCGAUUGUGUUGCUGAUCUUGAUUUGGCAGAUCGCGUCAAGCCUGGAGAUCGUGUCCGCAUCAUUGGAGUCUUCCGUGUUCUGCCGAAUAAGCAGAAUGGAGUUUCGUCUGGAUCCUUCCGUUCGAUCAUCAUCAUUAAUCAUAUUCAAAUGCUUUCAAAGGAGGUUAUUCCAAACUUUGAGCCACAAGAUGUUAAAGAUGUUCGUAAAAUUUCAAAGUCAAGAAACCCAUUUGAGCUGCUCGCUCGGUCACUUGCUCCAUCAAUUUGCGGCCACGAAGAGACAAAGAAAGCGUUGCUCUGUUUGUUGCUAGGUGGAAUGGAAAAGAUUCUGAACAAUGGUUCUCGUUUGAGGGGAGAUAUCAAUGUUCUUCUCAUCGGAGAUCCAUCUGUUGCCAAGUCUCAACUGCUUCGAUAUGUUCUUCGUAUGGCCCCAAGAGCUAUCACCACAACUGGACGUGGAUCUUCGGGUGUUGGACUUACUGCUGCUGUUACUACUGAUCCUGAUUCGGGAGAACGUCGUCUUGAAGCUGGAGCAAUGGUUCUCGCCGAUCGUGGUGUCGUUUGUAUUGAUGAAUUUGACAAGAUGUCUGAUAUUGAUAGAACUGCAAUCCACGAAGUUAUGGAACAGGGACGUGUCACAAUUUCGAAGGCUGGAAUCCACGCGAAGCUGAAUGCUCGUUGCUCGGUUCUGGCUGCAGCAAAUCCGGUGUACGGACGAUACAAUCCAUUCAAAUCUCCAAUGGAAAACAUCGGAAUGCAAGAUUCACUCCUCUCGCGUUUCGAUUUGAUCUUUGUACUUCUUGAUGAGCAUGAUGCGGACAAGGACGCUAAUGUCGCUGAACAUGUGCUCAAGCUUCACACUUACAGAACCCAAGGUGAAGCCGAUGGAACUGUUCUUCCGAUGGGUGGAGGUGUUGAGACGAUCAGUACAAUCAAUAUGGAGACUAAGAAGGCGAGCAGCUCGAUCUAUGAGGAAAAUACCCAAUGGGCUGGUAUUCAAGACACGAAAAUCCUGACAAUGGACUUCAUGAGAAAGUACAUCCAUUUGGCAAGAUCAGUUCAACCAAAACUCACCGAUGAAGCUACUGAGUACAUUUCUGAAGUAUAUGCCGAUAUUCGUUCAUUUGAUAUCACCAAAACUGAUCAAGAACGAACAAUGCCUGUCACCGCUCGUCAACUCGAAACAUUGAUUCGUUUGUCAACUGCUAUCGCGAAGGCAAGAUUCUCGAAAAAAGUCGAACGAGAGGAUACUGAGAAAGCUUACAAUCUGCUCCACUUUGCCUGUUUCAAGGAGAAGCCAAAGGCUCGUCAAGAGUAUGAGAAGAAGAAGCGAGCUCCACGAAUUGAUGGUGACGAUGAUGAGGAUCAGAGCGAUAACGAGGACAUGGCAACAUCGGAAGAGCCUCAAUCUAGCUCCGUUCCGACUGCAGCCACCCCGCGUCGUGGAGUCAGAAGGCGUGCUGAAGAUGAUGAUAGCCAGGAUUCUAUGAUGGAUACUACCAUUGGAGAAAGUCAGCCAACUGCUAAGAAAGCACGUACUGGACCGGCUGCCAUCGGAGUUGAUCGUUAUAAGGAGCUUCGGAAGUACGUCAGAAAGGCGUUCGACGACAUUGGAAGCACCGACGAUAUGGUUGAACUUCAAAUUAUCACAGACAGUGUUCAAACUCAAGCCGGAUCACACAAGUUCACUGAGGAUGAGCUGAAGGCUGGAUACGAACAAUUGGAAAACGAUAACGCUGCAAUGAUUGCCGAAGAUAAGAUCACUCUCAUCUAAUUUCCUGCUGGAAGCUGGAACAUAAGCCCCGUUUUCUUUUCGAUCUCUCAAUCAAAUCAUUAUUUUAUCCUUUUUUUCACCUGAUUAUCAUUCCUAUUUCAUUUUAACUAGGGUCUCCUAAUCCACUCACAUUGAUUUUACAUUGCCUAUUGUACUAUGUUGUCUCUCUCUUUUCUCUUUAUUCCUCCCCCUAUUAUAUCUCUUUAUCAAUCGCGUAACCGGAUAAAAGAAGUACUCUUGG